AUGGCUCGAAAACCAAAACCCCCGGACUUGGUUCCUCCCCGACUGAACGAAGAUGCCAUGGAGCGGAAGCGUGUCCUUAACAUUCUCGCCCAAAGAAGAUACCGUAAGGCGCACCACCUAAGCAAGCUACCGCCACUAAAUAUUGAUGUCCCUCAGGACGUAUUGUCGCCUCCAGCCACGGCCCAGUGUGAAGCUCAUGCCACGGACAAGCAAAUUGGCUACACCGGAUCCAUCUCAACUGAGCUUGGAAUUGAAUCUUAUGAUCACUUCACCGAUGAAUCGUUUCGUGCGGACAACCAUAAUCACGCAAAUAUCCCAGUAUUUCCUCAAACACCCUCGUCCGACCUCUCAGCGAUGGGGCCAAUAUACUCUACAUUGCCAUUUAACAACCUUACUUUCGGCCAAUCAAUAUACAAAAUCCCCCCAUCGUUAGAAUGGGAAAAUGCAGAGGGCCAAGAUGCGAUGCUGAACCAACUUGAAAACCGACCCUCACGCAGUCUUCCCAACAACUUAGACUCUAACAUCGACAUCUCCACGGAACUUCAAAACCACGACGCAUCAUUCUUCAACUUUCCCGAUGAUCACUUACUUGAUGUCCCGUCCUUAACUCUGUUGAAUGUUGCAAUGAAAGUCGCACAGCGACUAAACAUCACCGAGCUUAUAUGGGAUAUGACAGCCAUCAGCCCGUUUUUCCAAUCGAACUCUUCUCAUUGGUUCAAUAUACUACCUCCAUCCUUGGAAAGUACAGGUUCAUCAGCAAAAACAUCAUCAACAAUUUAUGAGCUACCAUCUCACCUCCAACGAACACUAACCCAGCGCCUGAUCCCCCACCAUCCAAUUCUAGAUCUUCUCCCGUGGCCCGGCGCACGAGACAAACUGAUCCAAGUGUUCAACCUUCCUAUUGAAAUGCGCCCAAAAAGCGCACAGGACCAAUUAGGCCUUGCAAGGCUGGUAUAUGAUAUGGAGGAUCCUGGCGGCGAGGGAGUAAAUAUCCGGGGUCGGGACAUUUUUUCGCCGGUUGAGUGGGAAACUGGUCAAUUGGUGUAA